AUGCCAGGAGUCACGGAUACUCGCAAGUCCGUGCUGAUCACGGGGUGCUCACCCGGUGGUAUUGGCAACUCUCUUGCACGAGAAUUCCAUCGAAAUGGACUGCGCGUGUUGGCCACAGCUCGACAGGCUGCCACCAUCGCCGAUUUGGCUGAGCUUGGCAUCGAGACCCUGAGUCUGGUGGUUGAUGACCAGGAGAGUGUCAAGGCAUGCUUUGCCGAUGUUGAGAAAAGACUGGGUGAUAAGGGUCUUGAUUAUCUCGUGAAUAAUGCUGGCCGGAAUUACACUGUUCCUGCCAUGGAAGUGGAGUUGGAUGAGGCUCGUCUGACAUUUGAGACCAAUCUCUUUUCUGUCAUCAGCAUGUGCCAGACUUUCUUGCCGCUCCUGAUCAAAGCCAAGGGCACGAUUGUGCAGAUCGGUUCUAUUGCUGGGAUCAUUCCCUACGUGUUUGGCUCUGUCUACAAUGCCUCCAAGGCUGCUCUUCACUCCUUCAGCGAUACUCUCCGUGUCGAGUUAGCUCCUUAUGGCGUCAAGGUGGUCACCGUGGUUACUGGCGGUGUCCAAUCUCGCAUUGCCCGUACCGAGCGCACGUUGAAGCCAGAGUCUCUGUACAUGCCUAUCGAGGCAGAAUACAAUCGCCGUGUGGUACAUAGCCAAAACAAUGCCAUGCCCAACGAAGAGUAUGCCCGCAGUGUGGUGAACCAGGUGCUGUAUGGGUCAGCACCAUGGCGUUGGCUGUGGCCCUGGGCACAGGGUCGCAAGACCACCAUCUGGGAAGGCCACCGUAGCUGGGUGAUCUGGCUACUGGUGGGUGGAUGGGCCUGGAAUGGGCUCUUUGGCCGGAUUAUGACCAAUAUGUUCAAAUUGUGGAAAAUUAAGGCGGCGUUGAAGAAGUAG